UGUUUGGAUUUUAGGACGUUUUCUCGCGUGAGCUGAGAAAGAUGAGCAGCAGAUGACAGUCUGAUACCCGAGUGUGAGCGAAGCUCUUUAAUCAUUCCUCAGAUCUUCAUCACCGGUGGAUUACACGAACACAAGUGUGCUAAGAGUAACGUUACUGUAGUAUUACCAUGGUUUAAGGAGCCGCGGUAAUGUCGUGGUAGUGGUUUUAGUUCUUCUUCAGUUCUUCUUCAGUUCUGCUUUGGUUCUCAGUGAAGUCAUGAUGGCAAAUCCAGUCAGUGUUCAAACCCUGAGUAAGACAUGGGAGCUGAGUUUGUACGAACUCCACCGAACGCCACAGGAGGCCAUCAUGGACAGCACGGAGAUCGCCGUGUCUCCCAGAAGCCUCCACAGCGAGCUGAUGUGUCCCAUCUGUCUGGACAUGCUGAAGAACACCAUGACCACCAAAGAGUGUCUGCAUCGCUUCUGCUCCGAGUGCAUCGUCACCGCGCUGCGCUCCGGGAAUAAAGAGUGCCCCACCUGCAGGAAGAAGCUGGUGUCCAAGCGCUCUCUGCGCGCCGACCCUAACUUCGACGCCCUGAUCUCUAAGAUGUACCCGAGCCGCGACGAGUACGAGGCGCAUCAGGACAAGGUUCUGGAGCAGCUGAGCCGCCUGCACAACAAAGAGGCUCUGAGCAGCAGCAUCGAGCAGGGGCUGCGCAUGCAGGCCAGACACAGAGCUCAGCGUGUGCGUAAGCUGCAUGCGGAGGGCGAGAACGCCACGCUCAGUGGCGGCGAGGACGACGUCUCGCACGACUCCGGCUGCGCCGCGGAGCCCGGCCCCAGCCGCGGCAGAAGAGCAUCUGACGACUCCGGAGCCGAGGCUCCUGCUCCGCAGCGCUCAGAGAUCGAGCUCAUAUUCUGCCCACACCCCCUGCUGGUCAGCAGCCAGCAGUACAGCCAGACACGAUAUGUCAAAACCACAGCCAAAGCCACGGUGGACCACCUGUCAAAGUACCUGGCUCUGCGCGUGGCUCUGGAGGAGGGUUCGAGCGGCACGCCAGAGGGAGCUCUGCGGCACGUCAGCGAGAAGCAGUUCACCAUCUACAUCAGCACAGCGGCGGGACAGUUCACCACACUGAACGGCUCGCUGACACUGGAGCUGGUCAACCAGAAGUUCUGGAAGCUCUGCAAGCCUCUGGAGCUCUUCUACGCUCCUACAGACCAGAACCAGACGCCUCCGCUGCGACAGAUGGAAGAUGAGAGCCCAGGAAAAUCAGCACUAGCCUAAAGACUCUUUCUGUCCGGCUCUACUGAAGUCAGCACAGGUUCAGUCAGUCCUCGUCACUGAACGAGUCGCUCCUGUGUACAGUAGCUCCUGCAGGAAAGCCCAGGCUGGCUUAAAGGGUUAGUUCACCCAAAAAUGAAAAUCCUGUCAUUAAUUACUCACCCUCAUGU